AUGUCGAGCCCUGACAUUUUUUGUAUGGGAACUAGUGUUGCCCAUGCUAAUGGUCACCAACAAAUUCCUGCAAUCUCCUACAACUCCAACCACAGGGCUGGCAGCAUAAAAAGGUUAAAAUCCUAA